GACAUCACAUCGCAGAUAUUCCCGUUGUUCCUGGGUCCCGUCCUCCUCCUUCUUAUCCCAGCUCAUCCCGUAGAACAGUGCCUCCACCUCUGCUAUGUCUUUGUAGAUAAGUAAAGGGAGAAGUUAACGUCGCCGCGGUGCGUUCACGGGAGUGACGCCUGGUUCAUUGCGCGUUGUGCCACAGAGCGGAGCAGCACAAGUACAAGAGCGCCGACUGGACUUGGUUGCGGAAAAUAGGGUUGGCUGAGAAAAAGGACCAAAAACUAGCGGGCGUGGUAGCAAGAAGAAGUCAUCGUAGUUGGGAGAAGUGUACGCAACAGCAAUAAUGUCGCUUUCUGUGCCGCAAAACGGAGUAAAAGGGGACAGUGAACCCGUAAUUGAGCUAUUUGUGAAGGCUGGAAGUGAUGGAGAGAGCAUUGGAAACUGUCCUUUUUCACAGAGACUCUUUAUGAUCCUGUGGCUCAAAGGAGUUGUUUUUAAUGUCACCACUGUCGACCUCAAAAGGAAACCUGCAGACCUCCAGAACCUUGCCCCUGGUACACACCCGCCUUUCAUCACCUUCAAUGGAGAGGUCAAAACAGAUGUCAAUAAAAUCGAAGAGUUCCUUGAGGAAGUGCUGCGCCCGCCCAAAUACAUCAAACUAGGGGCAAGGCACCCUGAGUCAAACACAGCUGGUAUGGACAUCUUUGCUAAAUUCUCUGCCUUUAUCAAGAACUCAAGGCCAGAUGCAAAUGAAGCCUUGGAGCGUGGGCUGCUGAAGACGCUGCAGAAACUGGAUGAGUAUCUCCGCUGCCCUCUGCCUGAUGAGAUUGACCACAACAGCAUUGAGGAUGUCAAGGUUUCCGAUCGGAAGUUUUUGGAUGGAGAUGAAAUGACACUGGCUGACUGCAACCUGUUGCCUAAGUUGCAUAUAGUAAAGGUGGUGGCAAAAAAGUACAGAGGCUUUGACAUCCCCAAAGAGAUGACAGCCAUCUGGAAGUAUCUGAACAAUGCCUACACACGUGAAGAAUUUACUAAUACUUGCCCGAGUGACAAAGAGAUUGAAAUAGCCUACGCUGAUGUAGCAAAAAGGCUGGUCAAAUAAGCACUGUACGACCGCCUCCUCCCGUACCUGCCACAUACAUUGUCAAACCUUUUCCACCCCAGCCCCAGGACUGAAAAAAACUAUGGACUGCUUAAAUUCUGAGUAAAGGUUCUCAUUGUUUCUGUACUUUUGUUUGACUUUUAUGAGGACAUCUUCAGUUGUAUUUUGUCAUCAUUUGCAGUCUAUUUGCUUAUGAAUGUUUAAUAAGAACAGGAUAAUCACCGAUGGCCUGCAUGUGUACAAAUGAUUAUCAAUACUUGGAGCCAUUUUAGACACGCUCCUUGUUAAGUGACCUUUCAGAUGACCUCUUUGCUUCAUAAAGGGGAAUGAUCAGAAGCUAUGAGACAUUUGCCUGAUUUUAAUAUGAACUUGCUCCUCAUGUAUUCUUAUAAAUUACGUUAUUUUUGUCUUUUGGGUUAAGACACGGUGUAAACAGUGUUGAAGCUUUGUUGCUUCUAGCUCAAGUAUUGCACAGGGUUUUCAUAUAUAGGCUGAACCAAACCUGUUUAACAUAUCAAGUUAGAUGCUUUAUUUUAUGACUGCUAAAGUAAAGUCACUGCCUGCAAGAAUGGCAUCCUUGUUCUAAGGUCACAUAUUGCUUAAGAAUGGCAGAAUACUUGUAGUUCCAUAGAUAAUAACAAAUAUUUGUAGA